UAGUAACUCAAAGGGCAACAGUAUGGAUCAUUGUGAAGUUCUCAGCAAGAAAGUGAUUGAGUUCAAACCACCAGUGUAUGAACAGAGAUACUACUUUGUUAAAAACUUAGUGAAUCAACAUGGACACAAGAAGAUUGCAGACUUGGGCUUCGGGGACGCCACGCUUCUAUGGAUGCUGAAAUACCACCGCUGCGUUCAGUAUCUUGUUGGAGUAGAUAUUGCUGCCAAACCCUUUGAAUGGGGAGGGAGUAGGUUGUCUCCAGGAGUGGGGAGUUACAUCAUUCCUCGAGAACUAGAUUUGACUAUAACCUUGUACCGUGGUUCUGCUGUACAAAAAGACUCCCGUUUGUGUGGAUUUGACUUGAUAACAUGUAUUGAAUUGAUAGAACACUUAGAUUCUGAAGAUCUGGCCAAGUUUCCUGAGGUCGUGUUUGGGUACUUUUCUCCGGGUAUGGUUGUCAUCAGCACACCAAACUCUGAAUUCAAUCCCCUGUUUCCAGCAUCAACCUUUAGAGAUCCAGAUCACAGAUUUGAGUGGAACAGAAAGCAGUUUCAGAUGUGGGCUUUGGAUGUGGCAAAGCUCUACCAUUACUCUGUAGAGUUCUCUGGUGUGGGGGAUCCACCAGCAGGAGCUGAGCAUGUUGGAUACUGUACCCAAAUAGGGGUCUUCCAGAAAAACAGAGCAAAGCCAACUGAAUCGAGCAUUUCAGAGCCAGAAGAACAUGUUUAUGAAGUUGUGAGUUUUCUAUGGGAGGUUUAUACCACCUCAUACCCGAGUUUACAGCAAAGCAAAUACUUCCGGUUUACUCUGAGUAUUGAAGCGGUGAAAGCCAUCGACUUGAUGAAAAGCCGGUUUCUACGGGGUCCAAGGAGAAAGGAGGGCGACCGGGUGGUACCGCUGGGCAGCUGCACCCCGCAGCACGGGUUAACAGAAGCUCAAAGGGCUGAAAUAGAGCAGUACCCCAAGCCGUACAGUGUGGGAGAGAAGUUCUACGUACCGCUGGAAAGACUCCUCGCUUACCCGAAGGUGAACCGCUUGGUGGCGGGCAGCACAGAGAAGCUGCGCACGGUGCUCGCGGAGGGACUGCGGCUGAACGGCGAUCAGACCGCCGUGCAGGUGGAGCUGGUUGACUACCGCACACAGCGCCUCUUCGAUGAGCAUUUAGUCAGCCCUGCGCUGGAGUCCUAA